AUGAAAGAGCAAGUUCUUUCUCGCCCAAAGAAGUUCAAUACUGAGCUUACGGAUUAUUCCGUCGCCAAGAAUGAGGCGACAGGUCCAUAUGCCAAGGAUCUUGAGGUUGAUGCCCUCGUUGUCGGUGCCGGAUUUGCCGGCAUCUUCAUGCUCAAGACCCUCCGUGAUCGGGGUUUGAAGACUGUCAUAUUCGAAGCAGGCAACGAUACGGGUGGCACCUGGCGAUGGAACUGCUAUCCCGGAGCAGGUGUCGACUCAGAGGUGCCAGAGUACGAGUUCUCCUGGCCAGAAGUCUGGAAGACUUGGAACUGGACCAGCAACUAUCCCACUUACCAGGACUUGCGGGCCUACUUUGAUCACGUCGACAAAGUCCUCAACAUCAAGAAGGACUGUGCCUUUAAUACCGUCGUUGUCGGCGGGCAUUUCGAUGCUGACAUUGGACGCUGGCUUAUCCGGACCCAAGACGGCCGGACGACGAAGGCCAAAUAUCUCGUUCUGGGUACCGGUUUUUCUGCUCGGAGGUAUAUCCCAGACUGGCCGGGGAUGGACAAGUUCAAGGGUGUCAUCCACCACUCUUCCUUCUGGCCAGAGGAGAAAGUCGAAGUCAAAGGCAAGCGAUGCGCCGUUAUCGGCACCGGCGCAACUGGAGUGCAAAUCGUCCAGGCUUGGGGCCCUGAGGCCGAAGAGGUCAAGGUCUUCCAGCGGACUCCCAACCUGGCAGUUCCCAUGCGCAAGAGGCCUCUCACCGUAGAGGAGCAGGAGCGCAACAAGAAGUUCUACCCGGAGCUUUUCGGGUACCGCGAGAAGAACUUCGGCGGCUUCCUCUACGACUGGGCGGAGAAGAACACUUUUGACGAUACACCCGAAGAACGCGAGCAAUUCUAUAACAAGGUUUGGGCCGAGGGUGGGUUUAGAUACUGGGUGGCAUUGUACAAGGACAACCUCAUGAACGCCGAUGCCAACCGCGAGUCGUACAAAUUCUGGGCCAAGAAGACGCGAGAUCGGAUUGGUGACCCCAGACUGAGGGACCUCCUGGCACCUCUCGAAAUGCCGCACUACUUUGGAGUCAAGCGGCCGUGCCUGGAAUACAACUACUAUGAGCAGUUCAACAGGCCUUCUGUGGACCUGGUCGAUAUCAAGGAAAACCCGAUCAAGGAGUUCACCGAAACGGGUAUAACCCUUCAAGACGGAACUCAUCACGAGUUUGAUGUGGUCGCAGUUGCGACUGGGUUUGAUAUUGUAACAGGGGUCAUGACUCAACUGGGACUGAAGAGCCUGAACAACACCGCGCUGCAGGAGGAGUGGACCUCUGGAGCUACGACUUAUCUCGGCCUGACUGUCAGCGGCUACCCCAAUAUGUUCCACAUCUACGGCGUCCACGGGCCGACGCUUUUGAGCAACGGCCCGUCGACGGUGGAAGUCCAGGGUCGAUGGAUUGCGGAUGCUAUCGACAAGAUGGAGAAGCAGAACAUCAAAUAUAUCAACCCCAAACCUGAAGCAGCCAAGGAAUGGAAGCAGCACAUUCUCGACCUCAACAACAGGUCCCUCUUCCCAACCGUCAAGUCCACUUACAUGGGCGGAAGCAUCCCGGACAAGGUCUUUGAACCUGUAUGCUACUCUGGGGGUAUCCCAACCUACAAGGCGGAGAUUCGGCAAGCCUUAGAUGAUAUGGGAGGGUUUGAGGUAGUCAAGGCUCCUUCGAAAUGA